UCAAUCAUUACAAUAAAUCAGUUGAGUUUACUAAGAGGCUAAGUAACGAUUAUUGCAAUGAUUUCUCAAUUGUCACAUAUGAUGACUCUUGCAAACAGCAUCAUUGGAGUAAGUGUGUUGGCAAUGCCAUAUUGUUUCAAGCAAUGUGGCAUUGUUCUAGCUACUUUGGUCUUAAUAUUGAGCAGCAUUUUAUCUCGACUUGCUUGUCACUUUCUCAUCAAGUCAGCUGUUAUGUCAAGACGACGGAAUUUUGAACUUCUUGCUUUCCAUGCAUUUGGCCAUAUGGGCAAAUUCUUGGUGGAACUGUUUAUCAUCGGUUUUCUUGUGGGAACGUGUAUUGCUUUCUUUGUUGUUAUGGGUGAUUUAGGACCACAAAUUGUGGGAAAAGUGAUAGAUAAAAAUCCAGAAGACAUCAGGACCAGUUUACUCAUAGCAACAAGUGUUUUCAUUGUUUUACCUUUAGGAUUACUUAGAAAUAUUGACAGUUUAUCUAGUCUUUGUACUGCUACUAUUAUCUUUUACCUUUGUCUUGUGUUGAAGAUUGUAACAGAAUCUAUGCAGCACAUUUUUGCUGGAGAUUGGUAUGAAUAUGUAUAUUAUUGGAGACCAUCUGGUAUACUUCAAUGCAUACCUAUUUUUUCUAUGGCUUUAUUUUGCCAAACUCAAUUAUUUGAAAUUUAUGAAACCAUUCCAAAUGUGUCUUUAGAAAAAAUGAAUGAAGUUGUACAAGGUGCACUAAAUAUAUGCACUAUUGUAUAUUUAUGUGUUGGUUUCUUUGGCUACAUAGCAUUUUGCACACAACCAUUUACAGGCAACAUAUUAAUGAGCUUUGAGGCUAGUUUGUCAUCUGAAAUGAUCAAGAUGGGAUUCGUGUUUUCCAUUGCAUUCAGUUUUCCUCUAGUCAUUUUUCCAUGCCGUGCAAGUUUAAACUCUCUCUUAUUUCGCAGGGUAUAUGCUCAUGAACCUUCUGUAAAUUAUUUACCAGAAACAAGGUUUAGAUGCCUUACUAUUAUAAUUGUGACUGUUUCUCUGGUUACUGGCAUUUUAAUACCAAGCAUUGAAUUUGUUCUUGGUUUAGUGGGAUCUACUAUUGGAGUUAUGAUAUGCUUGAUAUUUCCAGCAAUAUUUUUCAUAUCAAUUAGCAGCAAACAUACUAAUGAAAGAUUAUUAGCACAAGUAAUUUUAUUCAUUGGUAUCUGCAUCAUGAUUCUGAGUACAUAUGCCAACUUGUAUGCAUUAGAAGAAUCUACUAAUACAAAGACAUUAAUAUCAACAAACAAACCUAUACAAAUUAACAGUUUACCACUAAACUUGAACAAAGAUGAUAUUAAUGCAAUGGCAAAUGUUCCUAAUAAUCCUGAAAUUCUUCCAAAUGUUAAGGCGCAAAUGGGUCAAGUGUCAGAUUUGGGUGAUUUGGACAAAUCUUUAAACCCAAAAGCAAAUGAUAUGCGACAAGAACCACCGAUACCAGUCGAACGCAUAAUUGUUACAGAAAAGCCAAUAGUGGAAACACAAAAGUCUGUUGAUAAUAUACUAGCCACUUUUGCUCCAGUAAUAAAAAAAAUAGUAGAAGAAAUAAAAACCAUGGAUGAAAGUUUUCAUGAGCAAUCAAAUAUUUUAAUAAAAAAUGAUCUUAUAACGACGGCAGAAACUGUCACAGCAAAGGGGGAAGAGAAUAAUCCUCUAGGUGUGAAAGAGAAUUUUAUAGAUACACAAAAAAAUGAUAAUUUUAUACAUUCUGAUGCAAUUAAAAAAGAAGAAUCUGAAUUAGCUGCUGAUGCAGAGGUUGCUAAUAUACUAACAGUAGAAAGACAUGAAAAACUUAGAAAGACUUUAGAGAAACAUAAACAAGAACAACUGCAAAUGAUGGAGGAACAAAAAGAAAUAUUGAAAGAUUUAAAGGAACAAAAAGAAGAAAUUGAAAGGCAAAAGCAAAAGAUCGUGAAAGAUACACAAGAACUUAAAGAAAAUGAAGAGAAACAAAAAGUUCUUAAUGACAAAUCUGUCGCACAAGUAAAUGAUAAUUUCACAAACUUGGAUAGUAAUAGCGAAAAGGAAUAUUUAAAGAAACGUAAAGAAAGUAAGAGUGAUAAAGCUGUUAAUUCCGUUCCUUCUAAUAAUGAAAAUAUAAAUAAGGAACAAAAUAUUCAAAUGGAUACUAAUAGAAGUUCUUUUUCUACCAAAGAUGUAAACGAUAAAAUGCUAUCCGAUAAUAAAAUAAAUGAUGAACGAAGUAAGGAAAUAGAGAUCAGAUCGAAUAAUUCGAAGGUGUUAAUCAAAGGUCCGAUUUUGAAUGCAUUGACAAAACGAGUAUCACAGAAAUCUAUUUCUGUUAAUGAAAAUGAUGAAACCAUACAUGAAAAUAAAGAUAAUUCUAACAACUUACAAGAAAAGUCAAAUUUGAAGGUUGAAAAAGUACAACAUGAAUAUUUUCUACCAAUUGCAUUAAAAAUGCGAAAUCAAACAAAUAUGGAGAAUACUUUUAUGCCAAUCGUAAAUAAAUCCGAGGAAAACGUUCAAGCAAUUCGUAGAGAUAUUUUGGAAAAUCAUGAACGUGAAAAACGAGAAAUUAAUAUGAAAACAGAAAAAAUCAGUGACAAACUUACAAGUGAUAUUUUGGACGAAAAAGCUGAAUAUCUAAUAAAAAAUUUCACCGUUAAAGAUAAUCACGAGAAAUGUUCCAAACAAAACGAACAUAUGGAGGAAAAUUUGGCAAAUAAGUUAAAUCAAGAAACAUUAAGCGAAAACUUAUCUAAAAGUGGUACAACUGAAGCAUCAUUGAUCAAAGCCAAUUUAUAUUUGUCAGAACAUGGAUUUGCAAAUGCAGUUUCAAUGGAUCCAAAUAUGCCUAUAAGGGGAGAAUAUGUUAAAUUGAAACAGAGGGAUUUAAAAUCUAUGGAUACCAGUGAAGAUUAUAAUGUUUAGACUUUUGGAGACCUGAUUAGAUGUUAUUCGUAUGCAAUAUUAAUUAUCUGAAUGGAUCUAUUUUCAUAAGCCUUUAUUGAACACAUUGAAAGCAG